AUGGCAGAUGCUGCGACCUUCUUGAUCGAGAAGACGCUCAAGGCUGAAGAGUCCAUCUCAUCCGAAUUAAAGAGGAAUGAAGGUCUUCAAGAGAACUUGGACAGGAUGACCUUGUUGGCGAAUUUGAGAAAACAGUCCAACAGCGAGCUGAGGGUCAAAGUCCUCGAAACAGAGAAAAUGAUGCUGGAAAAGUCGAUGACAUUCAACCAACUGAUGAAAGAAGAUGACAUGCUAGGCAAAAAGAUCAAGCAAAUUCAUCGAAAAAUAAGUCACAAGAUCCGUCUUUUCAAGCUGUAUGAUGAAACCUCAAAAAUUUGUUCAUUCGUCAUGGAAUCAGCCAAGAAAGAUGCAAAGAAAUAUUUCCAAAAUUCUCAAGAGAUUACCAAACUUCGGAUGCUUAAGCGUGCGAUGGCACAUGUUGACAAGAAGCAAUUAGGAGCAGAUAUCCAAGGACUCGAAGAUUAUGAACAUGAAGUGAAGAUUGAAAACGAAGCCAUGCGACAGGCUUUGAAAGUACGAAAAAGCUUUGCAAUAGACAUCGUUGACUUUGAACGUGACAGGAUAGAGAAGCAACACUGCACAGGAAUUUUUGUCGCAGUUUUGAAGCAAUACUAA